AUCCAUCUCCACCCAUUUUUCUCCAAUUCGUUCUCGCUAUUUCCGCCGAUAUUAUUUUAAUUUUAUUUCUGUAGGUUUUUGAAGUAAACCUACAUAACUUUUAAGUGAAACAAACCGAAAAACAAUAACAGAUAGGUACUUACAUCACUCAGAUUAUGUAAACUGAAUAAAUUUACCUAUUUAGCGUCUUUAUUCAAAAUAGAAGUAUGACCUACCGCUACCGAUACUUAUCGAUAGAAAUACAUUAUUGUUUUGGUACAGAAUCCUCAGAUAAAAUCUAUGUAUUUUAUUGAAAUAAUUAUCUAAUAAAUUCUUGGUAGGUAUCUACCAAGAAUUUCUUUAUAUAUUUUUUAGUCUUGUCCUGUUUAUGUAUUUUAUUACUUAUCGAGUGAUAACUUUAUGGUGGGGAUCGCGCGUCGAGCAUCAUUUGCUUCUACGGUGUGCGUCCAGUGAGUCGCUCCGUUGUCCAUAAACCGGUUCUGUGCAUUCUGUGACAAAAUGGCUUCGAGGGAUCCAGCGUCCGACCAACUGGUCAAUUUUAAGUUAUCCUUAAAGGAUGACCCAGGUGUGAUAACCACUAAAACUGGUGCCCCAGUAGGAGUGAAGACUGCUAUGCAAACUGUAGGUAAAACAGGUGGACCUGCUCUCCUACAAGAUGUGAACUUCCUGGAUGAGAUGUCUGCGUUUGACAGGGAGCGCAUACCUGAGCGUGUGGUGCACGCUAAAGGCGCUGGUGCUUUUGGAUAUUUUCAAGUGACUCAUGACAUCACAAAGUAUUGUGCUGCUAAGGUUUUUGAAACUGUUGGAAAAAAAACUCCACUUGCAGUACGUUUUUCUACAGUAGGUGGAGAAGUUGGAUCUGCUGACACAGUCCGUGACCCUCGGGGGUUUGCUGUUAAGUUUUAUACUGAAGAUGGAAAUUGGGAUCUUGUUGGAAACAACACACCAAUCUUUUUCAUUAGGGACGCAACACUUUUCCCAAGUUUCAUUCACACUCAAAAGAGAAAUCCUGCUACUCAUCUUAAAGAUCCAGACAUGUUCUGGGAUUUCAUAACUUUAAGGCCUGAAACUACUCACCAGAUUCUCUAUUUAUUUGGUGAUAGAGGUAUCCCAGAUGGCUACAGACACAUGAAUGGAUAUGGGUCUCACACAUUCAAAACGGUGAAUGCUCAAGGAGAGGUACAUUGGGUUAAAUUCCAUUACAAAACUGACCAGGGCAUUAAAAAUUUAAGUGUUGAGAAAGCAGCAGAGCUUGCUUCUUCUGAUCCUGAUUACUCAAUCAGAGAUUUAUACAAUGCCAUUGCCAAAGGCGAUUAUCCUUCUUGGACUUUCUAUAUUCAAGUUAUGACUAUUGCUCAAGCUGAGAAUUGCAAGUUCAACCCCUUCGACAUCACAAAGGUUUGGCCACACAAGGAAUACCCUCUUAUACCAGUAGGAAAAAUGGUUCUAGACAAAAAUCCUAAGAAUUAUUUUGCUGAAGUUGAACAGAUUGCAUUUAGCCCAGCUAACUUAGUGCCUGGUAUUGAACCAUCUCCUGACAAGAUGCUGCAAGGUCGUCUGUUCUCAUACAGUGAUACCCAUCGUCACCGCCUUGGAGCAAAUUACUUGCAAAUUCCAGUAAACUGCCCAUUCCAAACACGUGUCAGAAACUACCAACGUGAUGGGCCACAAGCUAUAGCUAACCAGGAAGGUUGUCCUAACUACUUCCCCAACUCUUUCUCUGGGCCCCAGGAGUGUCCGAGGGCUCAACGUUUACAGCCAAGAUAUCAUGUCAGUGGGGAUGUUGAUAAGUAUGACAGUGCAAAUGAGGACAAUUUCAGCCAAGCAACGAUCCUAUACAAAGAAGUGUUUGAUGAUGGUGCUAAACAACGCGUCGUGAACAAUAUUGUCGGUCAUGCGAAAGACGCUGCCGGAUUCUUGCAAGAGAGGGUCAUUAAGCAAUUUACUGCGGUGCAUCCUGAGCUUGGAAGCAAAAUCGCUGCAGGGCUGGCUCCUUUCAAGAAGUACCACGCCAAUUUGUAAUAAACUGGUCUGGAUAUUUUAUGGUGCUACUUUAUAUAUGCAUAAUGUAGGUUUACUAUAUAAUUUUUAUGGACUAUUGAGGUGAUUGAUCUAUUUUAAAAAUUAAGUUACAUUUUGUUAUUUUACAUCAUAUGUAGUUAUAAUAUUUAAAUUCCUUUAUUGGGCGUCUUUUAUUUCCAAAGGCUUAAUUUGUAUUUUGAAUAUGGUAUUUGUUCAUAAUAAUUUAAACAACAAUAAUUUAUUUAAUAUUGGAAUGAUAUGGUUUGUUGUAAUAAAAAGUCAUUAUUACUUCA